AUGAGUACGUACGGCUCCAACCCAAGGUUGGCUCAAAUGGGGCCGAGAAGUAACUCGCGGCCGGAUUUGGCGAGUCCGAGUUUGAGAAACGACGUUUUUGUCGGUGGAAACGGCUUUCAUGGAGACUUCCAGGGAGGUGAAGGCGGAUACACCUACACCACCUUCUCCAGGUCCUCCAUGCACGGAGGGGGGGGCGGCGGACAGAAGGUGCACGUUAGCGUGAGUGGAGGCGGAGGUGGUGGAAUAAGUGUACAGGCUAUUCAGCAAAAGGCGAUGUUUCUAACAGGCCAGUGUCAGGAGUACCUGCAGCGGGCAAAAAUGGUUCUUCAGGGUGGAGGUCCGGCAGCAGAGGGAGAAAAGUUUUUGAACAUGGCUGCAGAAUCCAUGGACCAUAUGAGGGUCUGUGGCAGAGAGCUGCAGCAGUUGCGUAUACCCAACGAUGUGGGCAGAAACUUAGACCAGUUCCAGCACAUGCAUGCCUCCAUCCAACAGCAGCUACUGGGUGGUAUGACCACACGACGGAACAGGGGCAGCGUGGGCUCCCUUGACGGGGGCAGGGUCUUUAAUGAUGCGAUGGCCUGGAUUGCACAACAGAAGCGCAUGAUUGAGACCGCUCCAUUUGGUGAUGAUGCCGAAGCCAUUGAUAAGCAAAUCAUGAGCCACAACAAAACCCACAGCUCCAUCCAGAGAAGUCAGGAAGUAGACCGAGCCAGAGACGAACUGCAUUCAAGGUCUGACAAGUACAAUCUCUCAAUACUGGAACAAGAAUGGGACAGUCUUCAGAAAAUUUCAAACAGCCGUGUGCAUCAGCUGCGUGAGCUUCAGAGCAUCAUCGAGGAGAUCUCCCGAGCCAUCAUGUGGGUGAAUGAGAGGGAGGAGGAGGAGCUGGUUUUUGACUGGGGAGACAAGAACAUCGAUCAGUACAUCCCUAAGAAACAAGAGAGCUACUCAGGUCUGAUGAGGGACCUGGAAGAGAAAGAAAAAGAUCUGAACAAGCUGAAGACGAAAGCGGAUGGACUCCUGAACAACAACCAUCCCGCCUCAGAUAAGAUUGAAGCCUACAUGGACACUCUGCAGACCCAGUGGAGUUGGCUUCUCCAGAUCACCAAGUGUAUUUCUAUGCAUUUAAAGGAGAAUUCUGCCUACAGCCAAUUUUUCAAAGAUGCCAAUGAGACCUAUGCAAAGCUGCAGAAGGAACAUGAGGCCAUCCGAAGCAAGUUCACCUGCGACAAGAACACUCCACUGGAAAAUCUCACUGAGCUCCUGAAAAACCUGGAGAAAGAGAAGGAGCGUAUCAUUGAGCAGAAGAGGCAGGUCCAAAGUCUGGUCAACAAAUCAAAGUCCAUUGUAAGGCUGAAACCGCGCAACCCUGAGGAGAAGAGCAGCAGCCCUGUGAUGGUCCAGGCCUUGUGUGACUUCAAACAAGACCAGAAAGGAAUUUUCAAAGGGAACGAGGGCAUCCUGAAGGAUAACUCGCAGCGCAGUAAAUGGCUUGUGACAGGACCCGGAGGUCUGGACAUGUUGAUUCCCUCUGUGUGUCUGCUGAUCCCCCCACCAAACCCGCUCAGCAUCGGCCUCGCCAACAAGAAUGAGCAGUAUUAUGAAGCAAUCAUGGGUAUCUGGAAUCAGCUCUACAUCAACAUCAGGAGUCUUAUCUCGUGGCAGUAUUGUGUCAAAGACAUCAACUACAUCAACUCCCUCACACUCAGCAUGCUGUCAAAAAUGCGACCAGAGGAGUACCGCAGCAUCAUCAAAAGACUGGAGACUCACUACCAAGAGUUCCAGCAUACCAGCCAAGGCUCUGAUCUGUUCGGGGAAGAUGACAAGAUGAACAUCCAGGGCUACUUUGACAAAGCCCAGAACCACUAUGACACACUGAUAAUCCAGCUGCCUGCUUACAGAGAUGAAGGGGCGAAGCCUGAACCCUCCAAGCCUGAACCCUGCAAGCAGGAUACUGUCGUCAAGACACCUGAGGUCAAGGUUACCACCAAGCCUCCCACCCCACCGACCUCUACCCUCAGCCUCAGCCUGCUCAGCAGUCUGCAAGAGAUCCGUCGCAGGCUGGAGCUGGCAGAGUCUGGUCUCACCAGUCAUCUGCACAUUCCCCUCGGCGAGAACAGUGUGCACGAGUGCACAGUGCACAUCCAGAAGCUUCAGACUGUGCACCAAGAUUUGGACUCCAUUCAUGACGAGUACCUGCGCCUUAGAGAAAAGAUAAUAAAGCAACUGGAAGGUUUACCAGCCGACUCUGAGCAAGCCAAGUUUCUCCGCACUGAACUGGAAAUCAUCAACCAAAAGCUUGUAGGCCUCCAGGGUCUCUACUCAGCCUACACUCAAAGGCUGUCAGCUCUUAAGAGCUUACUUCAAAGCCUUCUCCAGGCUGAAGAUAUCAUCAAAGUCCACGAGGCCCGGCUGACAGAGAAGGAAACCUCCUCCCUGGACCUUCGUGAGGUGGAGAACUAUCGGAGCACUCUAAAGCAAAUGAAGAGUGAUCUGGAGCUAAAAAGAGACCUGUUGACAGCCAUGGAGUCCGACCUGUCUAGAGCUAUACAAUGGAACGGUCAAAUCUCAGAUUCCUUCCACAAGUGCGAUGUAGACCUGUCCAAGUACUCAGAUCUGGUGGGUCAGAUGUCCGACCGUUGGCGCCGCAUCCAAACCCAGAUUGACAGCAGAGUGUGGGAUCUGGAGAAGCAGGAGAAACAGCUGAAACAUUAUCAGCAAAGCAGCACUUCCCUGGAGCAGUGGGUAGACAAUGCCAGGAAGCGCCAGGACACCCUGCAGAUGGUUAAGCUCAACGAUAUCCAGACUCUAAUGGACCACCUCAACCAACAGAAGGCACUUCACACAGAAAUCAAGGGAAAGAAGGAGAAAGUAGAGGACGUGCAGAAAAACGCAGACACCUGUGCAGCCUCCAUAAAGGACUAUGAGCUGCAGCUGGCUUCGUACAGUUCAGGCCUGGAAACUCUUCUUAACAUUCCGAUCAAGAGAACAAUGCUUCAGUCCCGCUCUGUAGUCAGACAAGAGGCGGCUGACAUCCAGUCCAACUACAUUGAACUGCUUACCCGCUCCAGUGACUACUACAAGUUUCUUGGGGAGCUGCUCAAGAACAUGGAGGAACUGAAGAUCAGGAACACCAAGAUCGAGAUGCUGGAGGAGGAACUGAGGCGUCUGAGGGAAGACCUCCAAGAUCGCAACCAGAAAAACAAGGCCCUGGAGGAUGAUUUGUCCCGCUACAAGCUGGAGCUCAGUGAAUCCAAAAAUCAGCUCAUUUCUAUGGAGGAAGUCAAGAGAACCACAGUCAUGCAAGUUAAUGCUACCAAGGAAAACCUGGACAGCACAAACAACCAGCUCCAAGAUCUUAAUGACCAGCUGACACGCAUUAAGUACCAGCUGGAGGAGGAGAAAAGAAAAAGAAGGUUGGCAGAGGAACGCUACACAAGUCAGCAAGAAGAAUAUGAGGCAGCGGUGCGUCGCAGACAGAAGGAGCUGGAAGAGCUCAACUGGGCAAAGAUUGACCUUGAAAAAACUGUGAAGGACAAGGAACGUGAACUGGAGAGGAUGAAGAUACUGAUGGAGGAGGAAGCGACACGCCGAAGAAACGCUGAGUCAGAUAUUUCAAAGGUAAGAACACAGUGCACCCAGGAGAUUAAUCAACUUAAGCAGACAUACGAGACAGAGAUCCACGUUACCAAGACCACCAUCCUGAAAGCCUCACAACAGAAAGAAGAGGACACCACAGAGCUGAGACUAAGGAUUGAAAGACUGACUGCUGAAAAGAGAGAUCUGGAGCAGGAGCUGAUGAGAAUGAGGCAGUCCAUUGCUCACACAGAAGAGCAGAGGAGCAGAGCAGAGCAAGAGGUCAGCCAGCAGAGGGCAUCAGUGACACAAGAGACAAGGAUUCGCAGCGAGUUGGAGGUUAAGCUGAGAACGCUCAUGAAUCAGAAAGGAGAUGAUGAGAUCAAACUAAAGGAAGCCACCAAAAGUAAUCAGGAAAAGUCCAGAGAGAUCAGCGUACUGACAUUCAACCUGGAGGAGGAGGGGAAGAAGAGGAGAGCUAUGGAAUUAGAAAUCAAUCGCCUGAGGCAGGCUGAGGCAGAUCUGAAGGCAAAGAACACAUCACAUCUGGAGGAAAUCAACAUGCUUAAAGUGUCCGAGCAGGAGAUCCGCAUCACUCGAGUAGAGCUGGAGAAGCAGACGAGUGAGAAAAACAAGGCCGAGCAGAGUUCUUCCAGGCUGCAGAGCCGCAUCCGGGAACUUCAGGGAUCUCUGGAUAGACUGGAAGCUGAGUUGGAAAAACAGAAGAAGGCAACACAGGAGGAGUUCACACGUAGAAAGAGAAUGGAGGCAGAGUUGGAGAGGAUGACACACACUUGCAGAGAGCACACCACCACAAUUAGCACACUGAAAUCUAUCCAGAUAGAGGCAUCCAACUCUGGGAGGAAGUAUGAACAAGAUGUCAGCGCCCUCCAGGCCGCUCUGGACAAGAGUCUAAGGGAUCAUAGAGUCACCAAGGAUGAACUGGCAGCUGUCACAGCCGAGCUGAGGGCACUCAAACAGAAACUCCAGCAGGAAGAGAAUCGAGUACGUGAACUUAACCAACGUAACGAGAGCCUUUAUAAGACCAUAGAGGAAAAGAGCCGCCAGCUUAAUGAAUACACCACUGAGAUCGAGAAGCUGAAGACUCUGACACAGAACCUGACAAAGGAGAGACUGAGGUUGGAGGAGGAGCUGAGGGCAGUGAAACAGGAGAGAGAUGAGCUGAAACUGAGCAAAGAUGCUAUCGAUGGAGAAAGCGCCAGUCAGAUCUCGGCCAUGCAUGUCCAGCUUCAAAGUAGCACCAAGAAGACAGCGGAGCUCCAGACUCUCAUCAAUGACCUGACCAGAGAGAGAGAAAAGCUUAAACUGGAAAUUGACAAAAUCAAAAAGCAAUCUAUUGAGACUUCCAUGAUUGUACAUCAGUCCCAAAGCCAGUUCAGUGAGAUAGUGCUGGAGAGAGACAGUUUGCUAUCCAAGCUUAAGCUGCUGGAGCAGGACAAGUCCCGCAUGCAGCGUCUAGAAGAAGAGCUCAACCGCAUCAAGAUUACACUGGAGACUGAGAUUCGCAGCAAACAGCUGCAGGAUGAAAAGAACGCAGUCCAAGAUUUCAACUACAUGAAGAGCCAGUUUGAGCUCAGGGACGGCAAGAUUAAGCAGUGUGAGUCAGACAGAGACAAUCUUGAUCGAGAGAGGCUCUCUCUGAAGAAUGAGAUCGAGAGGCUCAUGAGAGAGUUAAAGAGCGUCGAGGAGAGGUACAAGAGUCGUCUGUUUAGCUCAGAAAAAGAGGCAAAAGAACUGGCGCUCAAGAGAGAUGCAUUGGAGAGAGAGAUUCUUAGGCUGCAGCAGAGACCUUGCGCCACUAGCAGGCAAACCCAGACUGAUGAGAAGAUCCCAACGAUUAAUCCAUCCAAGCUGAUAUUUGAUGGAGUGCGCCGCAAAGUCACUGCCCACCAACUUUGUGACUGUGGCAUAAUAAGUAAAGCCACUUUAGACCAGCUACUGAAGGGAGAAAAGACUGUGGAUGAGGUAGCUGUGGACAUCCAGCUUAGUCUGAAGGGUACAGGAGUCAUCGCUGGCAUGACGACAGGCUCCCAAGGAAAAAUGCCCUUCACUGAAGCGAAAAACAAGAACCUCCUCAGUCCAGAGAGCGCCCUUAUGCUCUUGGAAGCUCAAGCAGCAACAGGUUACAUCAUUGACCCCGCAUUUAAUGAGAAGAUGCCUGUGGAUACUGCCUGUUCAAGAGGGAUCGUAGACACAGAAGACAGAGACACCUUGGUGAGAGCCGAAGCAGCGAGUACAGGCUUUAAAGAUCCAUACACUGGCAAAGUGUUGUCCUUGGGUCAGGCUUGCAAACAGGGCCAUGUAGACAAAGACACAGCUGUCCGCCUGCUCCAAGCUCAAGAGUCUGUUGGAGGCAUAAUUGACCCUGUUCUGAGUGUCUACCUUCCCAAAGAUCUGGCCUUGGACCGCAAUCUCAUUGAUGAGGAUCUUUACAGAGCUUUGAACAAAAAACCCACCUGCUACCUGGAUCCAGCAACAAGUGAGAAGACAAGCUAUAAUGAGCUGAGGAGGAAGUGCACAGUGGAACCUGUUUCUGGUUUGCUUCUACUCCGAGGACCAGAAACGCCUAUGACAGUGAAGGGUCUUCGUGGUGAAGUCUCUAUCAAAGAGCUCAUGGAUUCAGAACUGAUAGAUGAAACUGAUUUGCAAAAGCUUAAUCAAGGCGAACUCACCACCAAAGAAAUUGAAGACAAGCUUAAGUCCUACCUCUACGGCUCCGCCUGCAUUGCAGGGAUCUACGAUGAGGCCAAUGACCGGAUAAUGCCUUUCUAUCAGGCGAUGAAAGACGGUCUGCUCAUGAGGGGAACCACCCUAGAGCUUCUUGAAGCCCAAGCUGCUUCUGGUUUCAUUGUUGAUCCAGUCAACAAUGUCUUCAUGACAGUAGAGGAGGCCUCAAAGAGGGGGCUGAUCGGAAAAGAGUUUAAAAACAAGUUGUUGUCUGCAGAGAAAGCAGUAACUGGAUACAGAGACCCAAACACAGGAAAGACAGUCUCCCUCUUCCAGGCUAUUGAAAAAGAUCUUAUUGAGAAAGGUCAUGGAAUCCGUCUUCUUGAGGCCCAAAUUGCCAGCGGUGGGAUUAUUGACCCCAAAGAGAGCCAUCGUAUUGAUGUCUCAGUUGCCUAUAAAAGGGGAUAUUUUGAUGAGGAGAUGAAUGACAUCCUGACUUAUGAAGGAGAUGACACCAAAGGUUUUUUCGACCCUAAUACUAAGGAUAACCUGACGUAUCUUCAGUUGAAGGACAGAUGCAUCAAAGAUAGCAAAACUGACUUGAUACUCCUGCCUCUCAGAGACAAGAAGAAGCAGAAAACCCAGGAGAGCCGUACCAAUGUCCUUCGCAAGAGGAGAGUUGUGAUCGUCGAUCCAGACACUGGGCUUGAGAUGUCGGUGAGGGAGGCCUACCAUCGGGAUCUAAUCGACUAUGACACUUUCCUGGACUUGUCAGAGCAGGAGUGUGAGUGGGAGGAAAUAACCAUCAAGGGGUCUGACGGCUCGGCUCGUUUGGUUAUAGUGGACAGGAAAACAGGAACCCAGUAUGACAUCCAAGACUGCUUGGACCGCGGUAUCAUCAACCAGAAGUCGUUGGAUAUGUAUCGUGCUGGAACACUAACCCUGACCCAGUUUGCUGAUGAAAUUACAAGCAGAACCAGCACCAUUGAGAUGACCAUUUCAACCAGCACUGUUGAUGACAUGGUCACCUGCAGCAGUCCCACCCAGGCCGCACCAUCUUCUCCUACCGUCCGUAAACGCUUCAACAGUAUUUCUAUCACUGUAUCUCCCCCUGAGAUGUUCGAUGACCACAGCCCUGUGGGGGCUAUAUUCGACACAGAGACCUUGGAGAAAAUCACCAUCCCUGAAGCACACCGAAGAGGCAUUGUUGACACUCUUACAGUCCAGAGGCUCCUGGAGGCCCAGGCAUGUACAGGGGGCAUUAUCAAUCCUGCCACCGGAGAGAGACUGUCUUUGCAGGACGCGGUGCAUCACAGCAUCAUUGAUGACAGCAUGGCCACUAAGCUUAAACCUGCACAGAAAGCCUAUGUUGGCUUUGAGGAUGUGAAGACUAAAAGAAGGAUGUCAGCAGCAGAAGCAGUGAAGGAGGCAUGGCUGCCUUAUGAAGCUGGCCAAAGAUUUUUGGAGUUUCAGUACCUGACAGGAGGCCUGAUAGAGCCCGGCACCGAACGUCGCAUCACCAUCGAGGAGGCUAUCAGCAGAGGUUGGUUGGAUGGUAAAGGGGCCCAGAAGCUUCAAGACACAAGAAGCCACCAGAAGAAUCUGACCUGCCCUAAGACCAAACUGAAGAUCUCUUACAAGGAAGCCAUGGAUGGCUGCAUGGUGGAGGAAAGUAAUGGGAUGAAGAUGCUGCAAGCCUCCUCGAUUUCCUCAAAGGGAAUCAGCAGCCCUUACAAUGUCUCUAACCCAGGAUCCCGCUCUGGGUCAAGAGCCGGCUCCAGGAGUGGAUCCCGUAGAGGCAGUGUAGAUUACUCCUCUAAUUUCAGCAUGACCUUCUCCUCCAGCACUACUACCCAAAGCACCACCUCUCACUUUUAAUAUACAGCAAAAUAAUGAAAUGAAACCCAGCAGUUUCUAUGCAGUUUGCUUUACUUCUGUCUUUUUUUUUCCUACCCAUGAGAUUUUUGGAGGUUUGCUUAAAUUCUGACACUGGUUCAUUUAAGUAUUUUGAUAUUUUAAGUUUGUGGUGAUUUGUUGUUAUUCAAUAAUGUAAAAGCUUAAGAGAAAAAUGUAUGAUUUUUUCUAACACAUGCAUGGUCAUUGAAUAUAUUUGUCACUGCUCAUUUGAAUAUAAGGCUUUUUUUCUAAUUCAGAAUGUUAUUUUUAAAUAUAAGUGUUGACCCCAGCUCUACAAUGGAGGCAACAUUAAAUUUGCUAUUUUGUUUGUAGUGUGUUUCUGCUUGACUAAAAUAUGUUUUGUAAUCUAGAAAAUUCUGUUUUUUGUCUUUAUUUUGACAGAGAUUUAGCUGACAAUACUGACCUGACUUUUUAAUGAUUAAUCAUGGUUUUUUUUUGCAACCUAAAUGUUAUUCUCAAGAGAUUCUAAAUAAAGCAUUCAUAGCAA